CCCCCAAGUUGCAGCACGAGCCAUUUAGCGCUACGAGCUCGGCCAGCUGUAGAGCGCGCGGGCGCAUGUACGUGCCCCCCUCACUACCCCUGCCCCCACGCGGAGAAAAUCAUUACCAAAUACAGAGCCCGAGCGCACGCGGAGCGAUGGCUGCAGCAGCAGCCUUGGAUUGUGUUUACGACGCAGAGCACGAGAGCGGCACAACCUCGGGAGGAACGGACACCGCGCGCGCCCGAGCUUUAAACGCACAACCGUUUACUCUCAGUGAGCCCGCGAGCUCCGUUUGACGUCUCCUUCCUUCAGCGAGGACCUGCGCCGUCUUCCGUUCCGUUAACCGGGGUUGUGGAGCGCAGCUGCGAGGGACACCGACCCGCCUCCAGUCGGUAUCACAGAUGAGGAGCGCGAGCUAACCUCCACCGUCAAAAUUUCACGCACGCGACGCCAGCCUGCUGGAAUCUAGAACGGCCCAGCAGCCCCCCGGUCCCGUCCCCCCCCCAUCCCAUCCAGUGGCGCUGCACUUAACGAGAGGGGAACCCGAGAGCAUCCCUCCAUCCCACCCAGCCUAUCCCUCCCUCCCUCUCUCUCUUUCCCUCUCUCACCCCCAUCAUAUGCCAGAGCUCUAGGGGGGCCUCGUCUUGACAGGGACCAGGGGGGAGGAGGGAGGCUGUUCGUGGCCGCGGUAGACGCACCCUCCGCGGGGUGAGGCUGGGCUGAAGCGCCGCUGUGUCAGAGGAUGCUGCGGGAGUAGAGCGGCUCAGAGCGGAAGAUGGGGAAGGACCAGGAACUGCUGCAGGCGGUGAAGACCGAGGACUUGCUCACCGUGCAGAAGCUGCUGCAAAGGCCCCGGCCAGGGAAAGCAAAGCUCCUCGGUUCUGCAAAGAAAGUGAAUGUCAACUUCCAGGAUACAGAUGGGUUUUCUCCGCUUCAUCAUGCAGCACUCAAUGGGAACCUGGAGCUCAUCACUCUGCUGCUUGAGUCACAGGCUGCUGUCGACAUCAGAGACCAGAAAGGUAUGCGGCCGCUGCACUACGCAGCCUGGCAGGGGAAGGCGGAGCCUAUGAAGAUGCUGCUGAAAUCUGGUUCAUCUGUCAAUGGCCAAUCAGAUGAAGGGCAGAUUCCUCUCCACCUGGCAGCGCAGCAUGGCCACUACGAUGUGUCGGAGAUGCUGCUGCAGCACCAGUCCAACCCGUGUAUUGUGGAUAAUGCAGGGAAAACCCCUCUGGACCUGGCCUGUGAGUUUGGCAGAGUUGGGGUGGUCCAGUUGUUGCUGUCCAGUAACAUGUGUGCCGCGUUGCUGGAGGCCAAAAAAGGAGACACCACCGACCCCAACGGGACGUCUCCUCUCCACCUGGCUGCCAAGAACGGACACAUAGACAUCAUCAGACUGCUGAUCCAGGCAGGCAUCGACAUCAACAGACAGACCAAAGCCGGCACUGCCCUGCACGAAGCUGCCCUGUGUGGAAAGACCGAGGCAGUGAGACUCCUGCUGGACAGUGGCAUCAAUGCCACAGUGAGAAACACCUACAGCCAGACUGCACUGGACAUCGUCUACCAGUUCACUGCAACACAAGCCAGCAGAGAGAUCAAACAACUGCUAAGGGAUGCAUCAGCGGCCCUUCAGGUUCGGGCUCUGAAGGAUUACUGCAACAACUACGACCUGACAAGCCUCAACAUCAAAGCAGGAGACGUCAUUACGGUUUUGGAGCAGCACCCUGACGGACGCUGGAAAGGCUGUAUCCAUGACAACCGAACAGGAAAUGACCGUGUGGGCUACUUCCCUUCCACCAUGGUAGAGGUCAUCAGCAAGCGCACAGGUUUGGCCAGCACAGUCAUUUGCACUCAACAGUUUCAAAAGAUACCGCUGGUUCCUCCGGCAACGGUUGCCCCUGCCAACGCGGUAGUCAACGGCAACGACACCACGUUCCAUCAGAUCCAUAUCCUGCCUCCACCGCCUCCUCCUCCACCACAUUCCCAUCAGCCACUGCUUCCACUUUUUACUUCCUUUGGCUAUAACAAGUCGCCCGUGACAACCCCACAGGGAGACACACCCACUGCCCCAGGUUGUCGUGGCUCAGAGGCAAGUCCUCACAGCUCUCCCACCCCAUCCAGCGGGCCCCAUGGAGGCUCCAACGAAGAGAUCUGGGUACUGCGCAAGCCCGUGGCAGGUGGAGACCGCAGCAGUGUGGGUAGCUCUGGCAGUGUGACCAGUGUGAGGUCGUCAGGCAGCGGCCAGAGCGCCGGCAGUGCAGCACACAUCCUCCAUGCACAGGCUGAGGGCGUAAAGCUUCUAGCCACAGUCUUGUCCCAGUCUGCCAAAGCUAAGGAACAUCUAUUGGAGCAGUCCAAGUCUGUGGACCAGCCUGCAGCAGGCUCCGCCAGCUCCUCUCGGACAUCGAGCCAAUCAGGCUGUCCACUCCACGAAGCGCCGCCUUACGACGCCACAGCAACCAGGAAAGGGGAAGGGCCAGGCGAGGGGAAGAGCUCAGAGGCCGUUGUCCAAUGGCUGAGCGACUUUCAGCUGCAGGUCUACGCUCCAAACUUCCUGGGCGCUGGGUAUGACUUGCCCACCAUUAGCCGAAUGACCCCGGAGGAUCUUACAGCGAUUGGAAUAACCAAACCAGGUCACAGAAAGAAGAUGACAUCAGAGAUUAACAAGCUAAGUGUCACAGAGUGGCUUCCCGAGCAGAAACCUGCCAAUCUAGGAGAGUGGCUGUCUGCUAUUGGUCUGAGCCAGUACCACCAGGUGUUAGUGCAGAACGGAUACGAGAAUAUCGAAUUCAUCACUGACAUCACCUGGGAGGACCUGCAGGAAAUAGGCAUCACCAAAUUGGGCCACCAGAAGAAGCUGAUGCUGGCUGUUAAGCGACUGGCUGAAAUGCAGCGCAGUACAGAAGGGCGGGGCUCCCUCAGAAAGAAGCCUCCGCCAAUCACACAGCAGCAGGAAGUCAUGUCAAUGGACAGCCCCCCUCCAGACGAGAUCAUGUCUCCAAAGAUGAGCACCUUCCAGGACAGCGAGUUGAGCACCGAGCUGCAGAGUGCCAUGACCCAGCCGGGGCAGGAGGUCAGCAAAGCUCAGCGAACACGCAGCCUGAGCAAAGACCAUGAUGAGGUGACAGGAGGAGGAGGAGGAGGAGGAGGAGGAGGAGGAGGAGGAGGAGGAGGGGGUGGUCCACCGAAGAAGGAAGCGCGGACUAUGAGACAGCAGAGCAGCCAGGGAAGCACCUCCUCUCACAGAGGCAGUGUGUCCUCUCAAGGCAAACACCGUCACUCCCACUCACAUUCCCAGCCUGCGCCUCCCUACACACCCCCUCACACCCCCACCAAGACUAGAACCUCAUCUUCCUCCUCCACCUCCUCCGUCCAGAGCACAGCUUCCCCACAGGCCAAACACAAGCCGUCACCCCAGUUCAUCCAGGGGGAGAGACCUCAGUCGCCGCGCUCUCACCCCCCUCAGUCUCCGACCCACCGAGGUGCCCCAUGUACCCAGCCUCAGCCCCAGCAACAACAGCAGCCUCAAGUCCAGCCGCAACACCAGGCACACCCUCAGCACCAUCCACAGACGCAGGUCAUGGAGGUUAGGGACAGCCAACAACCACAGGUCCCGCUCCUCUGCCUCCCCCCAGAGGCUGAGCUGGCUGAGGGAGAAGGAGCAGAGCCUUCAGCACUCCAGAAGAAACGCGCCCACAGUCUCAACAGAUACGCUGUGUCAGACGGGGAGUGCGACGAGAAGGCAGGUGCAGGAGGAGGGGGUGGAGGUGGAGGAGGAGAAGCAGAGGUAGUGGGAAGUCAGGGCCCUGCCGUCGUCAGAGGGGAAGGAGGUAAAUACGCCACGGUGACUCACCGUGUCAGCCGCAGCCACUCUGUCCGCAACCAGGAAAAGAACGUCAACCGCAACCAGACGCAGUCAUUUGCUCUCCGUCAGAAGAAAAAAGGCCCGCCCCCACCACCACCAAAACGCUCUAGCUCUGCCAUCUCCAGCUCCAACUCCAACCUGAUGGAUGCCAACGCACAGCCGCACACACUGACCACCACAGGGGGGAUGCUGGAUGUGCCUUACCACCAACAGCGGCGGGCAAGUGACCUGGGGGUGUCUGUGGAAACAGGUGUUGUGGAGACGACCAGUGUGGGAAGCGUGAGGAGCAUCGCUGCCAUGUUGGAGAUGUCUUCUAUAGGAGGUGGACCCAAAGGCAUGGCUCUACAGAAGAACUUCCUGCAGGUGGGGAAAACGCGUGAUGCCAUCGGUCUGGAUGGUGAAGUGGUGAACCGACGGCGGACCAUUAGCGGCCCUGUCACUGAGCUGGUGGCAGCUGCCAGGCGUGACCAGCCGACUCCCUCUGCUUUCCCGCCUCCCUCCGUCCAACCUGAAGCAUCCCCUGUCCCUGUAAAUUCCUCCCCACCCCACCCUCCAUCCUCCCCCCACCCCAGCUCGGGAGGCAGCGGCAGUUCAUCGGAGAACCUGCCGUUCGCAGAGGAGGGAAGCCUGACCAUCCGCCGCCAGGGUCGAGGAGAAGGAGAAGGACAGUGUGUAUUUUGUGUCUGUCUGCAGGGUGACAGCGAGGGUCCCCAGGGAGACGGGGGUUACACGCCAGAGGACAUCUCCAUGGUUGAGGCCACAGCGACCUUAAAGCGGCGGCCCCGCAGCUCCAAGCCCCACCCCAACGGUUCCGACUUCACCCUCCAAGAGUCGUCCACCGUCAAACGACGGCCCAAGAGCCGUGACAAAGAGCCUGAAGGCUUCGCAGACCUAGCCGCGGCUAAUGGAGAGCCUGUGGAGAGUGGGCAGCCGAACACCAUGCAGCCCGUACCCUACCAGAAUGGCACGGCCACCGUGAAACGCCGCCCAGUGUCUGAUAUUGGAGUGACAGAGCAGCCACAACCACAACCUCAACCUCAACCUCAACUUCAGCUUCAACCCCAACCUCAACCUCAACCCCAACCCCAACCCCAACCUCAACCUCAACUUCAACCUCAACCGCAAGUGACUGCUGCUCUUCGCAGGGACAGUGUGGACCAAGGAGCUCCAGUGGGCAAUGAAGGAGGUCCUGUGAGAAAACCAAAGCCUCCAGUCUCCCCGAAGCCUGUCGUGGCACAGAUAAAAAGACAGGGAGGCCCACAGACACCUCCACACCCUGCCUCCAACAAAAGAGUCCCCCUGCCUGGCCCUGGGACCCCUGGAAGCCCAGUGGAAGGAAAGAAGAUCCCUCCGCCUGUCUCGCCCAAACCGACGCCACCGCCUACGGCGCCCAAACCGGCCAAACUCAUCCACUCCAUGACCAGCCCCCCAUCCCCAACCCAGGCUCCUGCCCAAGUCAAGCAGCACGCUGCUGUGGUCCGACAGACCAGCUCGCCCCCUUCCUUCCCCCCUUCCAACAUCCCCAGCCCACCCAACGCCAAGCCGCUGAGCCCGUCCUCUCAGAGCCCCCACACCCCACAGACCCCCACUACACCGCAGACGCCCCAGACUCCUGCUACUCCCAGCCCGACACCGCCACCAGUCAAACCCCCUCGCUCCUCCAUUGGGGGUGUGUCGGUGGAUAGCGGGAUGACAGGAGGCGGGGUCACAGUGCCGGCCGUUACAACAAAUGAUUUUGGUGUGGAUUCUUUGGUGCAUCAGAAGCUGGAGGAGACAAGUGCAUCGUUGGCAGCCGCUCUGCAGGCUGUGGAGGAUAAGAUACUGCGGCAGGAGGACUCUGUGGCUGAGCAGAAGACCACAGUUAGCAUCCUCGACGACAUCGGCAGCAUGUUCGACGACCUGGCCGACCAGCUGGACGCCAUGUUGGAGUAACCGUAGAAACCAGUCAGCGUGUCUCCACGGCAACGCUGCAUCAGAAGUGACUCAGAUGGCACAAUGGGCAAUAUGCCUCUCUCUAUCUCUCCGUCCUCCUCUUCAUCCUUCUUUCUCUGCCGCAUUCAUCCUCUUCUCACUCUUCCUGUCGACCAUCCGCCACUGCUCCAGAAAACUUUUUUUCUCCUCCUCUUCCUCUCAUGUCAGCGCCACCGGCCUGGACAGCCAUGUGGCCGAGGGAGGAUGAAGAACGGAUAAAGAGAGAAACACUAAAAGGCAGAGGGUUAAAAAAAGGACCAAGAACGACUGAUGAGGAGAGAAAAUAAUAAAAAAAAUCACAAGAUGGAGAGAUGAAGAAAUGCAACAAAAUGGAGGAGGACUGCAAUCAAAACAUGGGUCUUUUCAGAACUCCACAUGGACUCUUGAAGCUAUCAUGGCGAACAAAUAAACUAACCUAAUACUGAUUGAAAAACCAACUGUGUAAUGAAUCAUAGUAUGGUAUGUGUACAUUCUAAGCAUGGAGAGUUUAUAUCUACUGAAAGUCCUGCAUUAGCACAGUAAUAUAUAAUAUACCGAUAAAUAUGAAUCUCUAGCUCUUUGGUUUGAUGUCUUGGUUCUGUGUGGAAUGGUGACCUCUGGUGUUGUGACGAUGUAAAUGACUUGGUGGAAAGAUUUUUAUCCGUGACCAAAACGAGACUAUUUAGCUCCUGAGGUGUGUGUGCGCGAGUGUGAGAUAGGGACAGUGUGACAAAUGUGUAUACGUGAGCUUGCGGAUUGUCGGAAUUCCGGGAUCAAUUCAUUUUCCCAGCACUGGCUGCAUCCAUACACUCUGCUGCAUCGUCAUAAUCGCACACACACACACACACACACUUGGGAGAAGCACAAUGACCCACGCAGCCAGCUUGCACACACACACAUGGGAGCCUGCACAAGAUAAAUUCAGAUGAGGGGAGGGGAGGGAGGGGAGGGAGGGGGAAAGCUGCACUAAGGCUACAGCAAGUUGUCUGAAAGCAGAUGUUAGGUGUUGGGGAUUGGAAAGUUUGGGAGGAGGAUUUUAGGAUGUGUUUAAAGGGGUUUGGAGUGCAAGGUUUAAGCAAGGUGAGGUAGAGGUAAUAGAGUUGACAAGAAAACACAUGGGUGUAGCAACAAACUUCAGGUUUCUAACACUCACUCAGAAAACUGAAAAACUCGCAGAUCAAUUGUGACAAACAUAAAAAAACUUUCAUGAGCAUGAAUUCAUCUUCAAACACUUUUAAAGCUGCAGUAGGUAACUUUUAUAAAAAUCAUUUUUCUCAUUUUUGCUGAAACUUUCACUAUAUCCUGACAGUAGAACAUGAGACAGAUAAAAAUCAGGUUCCUCUAUCCAUCUGCUCUUAAUGGUAUUUGCAAGAAUCCACCAGUCCUGAAAGAAAACAACAAUUGACUCUCAUUCCCAGUGCGUCAAAUACAGACUCUAGGAAUGAGACUCAACAAUCAACUAUCUUUCUUGGCUCUGAUUGGUUGUUUUCAUUCAGGCCCGGUGGAUUCUUGCAAAUGUCAUUAGGAGCACUAGGAGGAUCCAGAGGAACCUAAAAAGUUACCCGCUGCAGCUUUAAUUGAACUUUUAAGGUACAUACAUUUUUCCUUUUAAGAUGAGUACAUUUCUCAGAACCCUGUGUGGGAGCCCAUCUUUUUUUUCCCCAUUACAACUCAAACCCUUCCUGACAACCUCAGUGGACAACCGUCUUCUCUGCAUCUCUGUCUCUUUUGUCCCACACUAUCCCAACCACCCACCACGUGUUGCCAUGACAAUCUACAUCAUCACCCUCACCUUCCUCAUUGACGACACCACGGUUACUACACAGUGUGUUGCCAUGCGUUCAUGGGUUUAAAAAAAAAAAGAUGGAGUGAGGGCAGCAGAGAUCUGUGAAGCUGGAUGGCCUGUUUCAGUGCGACGUUUAAAGGGGCACUCCAGGGAUUUAGUUUCCAAAAGCACUGGAUCCUAUACUUCCCAUAACGCAACUUAAUAAUGUCUCUCAUUAGACUGUUUCUGCCAUGUCUUUCAAACUCCUUGACCUUUCAGUUUCAUUUAUACUCUCCAAGCACUCACUGGAAUAACCCUGAUGAUGUCAUAGUGAUGUCAUCAGGGUUAUUUUUUCAGGUUCAAGCCAAUCUUUAUGUGUGAAACUGGCGGCGUGUCCCUUUAAGUUCCAACCAGAAACUGCGUCCAGCGAGGUGUAACACUCUGUUAUCGCAUCUGCACCUCGGCCAAUUAAGAGUUUCACAGUCCUUAAGCAGCCACACUCCACAUAUAAAUGACUACGAAUUCAGAGAAUAGUUGUGGUAUUUAAAUUAUGAUCACAUAGAGAUUAUAUAUAUGGAUAUUUGCAAAAAAAAAGAAGUGUAUUUAUGAUGUGUGUGUCAUCCUGAAGACUAUUUUUCAGUAAACAGAUCUAAUCUGAGUGUUGAAUCAGUUUGCUUCUCCAUGCUUAACUGGUCCGAGCUGAUGAACCAUUGUAGGAUAUCAUGUUGGGAUAUUUCCAGGAAGCGUUUGUUUUUGUUUUUUUUUGUGUACAUGUGUCCAGGUGUGGCGAUGUGUAUAAUACAAGCAAUUCUCGUUGUUCCGUUUUUAUUAUUUCUGUAUUAUUUUAAAUGCAAUGUUUUUUUCUUUGAAACAUGUGCCUUGCUUUGUGAUUUUUGGUCUGACUACAAUACAGUAGAUGGGUAUGUACAAUAUAUGGGGAUCUCUCUCUUAUUCUGUUUUGCUCUGUUAUAUCGGAUAUUACCCCCCCGUCACCAAUGAGAUGUGAUAUUUGAAACCUAAAGUCAUCAGAUCUCAACCAAACCCAGGUAACCACGUGACAUCCUGCUGUUCUGUUAUUCACUAUCAGUCUUAAUUUGGUCUUUUAAAACGGACUCUUCUCCAGCUGCCUGACAAUUAGAAAAGAACUUAUUCCAACGUCUCCACAGUUAGCUGCCUAGCAUUCACAUGCUAUUCUGUAGGAACAUUAAAGGUCGUAAUAGUGCAACAUUUUGGGAAAUAUACUUCUACCACUCUCAUGUCUGUAGAGGAAAUAUGCACCUACAGCCAAGCAGCGUGUUAGCUUAGCUUAGCAUAAAGACCGGAAACAGGGCGGGAAGUUGCUAUCUCACAAAUUCAGCUACAUCCCGUAUAAUUCGUACAAAAAAGUGUAAAAACGUUUUGUGUUUGUUUUAUUACCUUCAGAUAGGGCCAGCAAAACACAACGAUAAAAAAAAUGCUAUUGCGAUAAUUUAUGCAUCGCAAUUUUUAUGAUUGAUAUCAUAAUAAUGUGAUGUGUGUUGGGGUCUGUACCAAACAAGCAUGUUUUCUUACAUCUGGAAAACAUUUGUAGUCCAAAGCACCUCUGAUGGACUACAAUACUUAAUUAUAAUGCUGUUUUGACUUACAUAUUACCUUUAUCCAACAAACUGUAGCACACAUUGUGAUUUCAAUAAUAUUUUAAAUAAUUGUGCUACUGCUAGCAGUAGCUUCAAAUAUAGCACACGUGAAUUACUGCAAGAAAGAGAAUAAGCAGAUUUCCCAAAAUGUAGCUAUACUAAAAACACGCCAACACUAAUCAGUAAAAUGUCAGUAAUGAUGGCAGGAAGAGCUGUUUGAUAAAUGUAAGUCCGUAUUUUACUUUUCUCCUUAGGUCAGAUUUCAUCAUUGUUUUUAAAAAACAGAUUUGUAGCUCCGUCAUGUCAGAGCCACAUUAAGCCUCUCCUUCAUUGGGUCUCAUUUUGGUCAUCUCUCAUGUUGUAGGCAUUAACUUCGAGGUGUGUUUGGGAGUGUGGGGAAAGGGGUGAAAUACUGCAGACGUUGAAAAAAAAAAACACAGAUGGUCAAAUAUAGCGAAAAGUACUGUUCAUUUUCUUUCUCAACUAAAGAAUAAGCCAAGCUGUUUUUAUUUGAUUUCCCGCCUGUGCUUAUCUGAUCGGAUACUGGACUGGUGUCUCCUCUGCUCUGCAGUGACUGUAUGUGAAUGCUUGAGAGAGGCCGUGUGUGUGUUAUGUGUUGCUCUGCUAUUGACUGUAUGAAACUGUAUGAGUGUGUGAAUGUGUGUGUGUGUUGUAGUGACUGGACAGUUGUGUGCUUGCAGUGACUGCAUCUUAUGGCCAUCUGCUCUGAAUAAAUAAAUGUUCUCUACAAACUG